AUGAAUUUCAAGAAGAAUAAAAUGAGUGUACUAGCAAACUCGCUCGGAUUAGCAUCCAUGCUGGUUCCUACGGCAAUUCAUCUGUCAGAUAAAUUGACGGGAACAAACACUAUACUUCAAUUCGUGGCUGCAGUAUCCAGUUCAUCUUUCACGGCAUUCAUGUUGAUUUACUGGAUAGUAAGAAAUUGGUGUGUGAACGUUUCCUCAAACGGAGCAAAGGAGUCUUUUCUAUAUCUUACAUUUAUUGUCCUGUGCAUGACAGGAUUGUUUACAUGUAUAGGAGAAGUAUUUCUAUAUGGUUUAUACAAUUCUAACGUGAAUAUUCUGAAAGUAUUCGCAACAUUCUCUUCUGUUAGUUAUAUAAGAUUUAAGAGUCUGGGACUUCUCCCCCGCCCCGUCUACAGAUGCAGCAGUAUUGGAAAAAUCAUUUCUAUUGGAGCUAUUGUCAUGAUAACCUCUGCAAUUGCGUUCCAUGCAAAAACAGGUAAUGCACUUGUGGUAUCUUGGAGCUUUGUUCUAAGUGGAAUUGCAUUGGUACUCCUCUCAUUAUGGGAAGAAACCAUACCAUCUGAGACAAGAGACUUGUGGGACAUAUCUAAGGCCCAACUCCAAGCCAUUGACUUUAUUCAGUUAAUUUUAUUUACGCUGGCUUACUACUGGCCGGAUAGGUCAAAAUUCUAA